AUGGUUAGAAAAGAGUAUGAACACAAGGCUAGACUUAAUGAUGGUAUUCCAGUGUUGAGUUGCAGAUUUGGUAAAAAUAAACCAUGGGUGGAUAUUACACACACGAGAUAUGAUGUGCAAAAACUCACUUUUAAGGAUUUAGAUGACAACGAGUGUAAAAUAUCCAAUUGUAAAGUUAAGCUGGUGGACUUGAUUCUAGAAAUUGCGUUUAAUUUUGCAUGUUUUCAAAUUUUGUAUGAAAAUAAUGUAAUUUGGAACUUUUUUGGAUACAUGUCCUCAUUUAUUCCAAAAAGCAUAUCAUUUGACUUGGUGAAAAACAAGUUUUUUCUCAAUCCCUGGACCGGAACUUCCUGUGAACUCGAUACACGUCUUCACGUGGUUGGAAAUACUAGUCUAGGCAGAUCAAAUGGUGUACUGCACAUUGACGACCCUUAUAAUGAAAAAACAAAGCACUUGAUAAUUACGUAUUUUGAUGAACCGAUUAGAAAAAUCAUGUGCGGAAGGAAGAUAAUCUGGAAACACAGGAGAGGACAAUUACCGCCAGUAAAAUUUGUUGGAGAUAUGAAAAAAGGUAUAAGAUAUAUCCUAUUCCCGGAUAAAUACAUAAUUGCGAAGAUUGAAGGGAAUAAAUGGCAAAUCACUGAGCAUGAAACCAAUCCAGAAGAUAAAUUACUGAAUCUAAUACAAAUAAAUGAAUAUAUGUUAGAUCUGAUAAUUAUUUCUAAAUUUAAUGAAAUGAAUGGAGUGAAACUUGAUAUUGAUAUAAAGAAAUCAACAGAUAAAUUUGAACAUAGAUUUAUGAAUGAUUUUAGAUCAUAUAAUUGUAUUUUAGGUAAAAAAUUUACCUCCGUAAGGGAGGAAGGGUUUGUUAUAUGGGAGUCUGAAAAUGCUGAUACAGGUGCCAAUUCUGUAUUUAUCUCAGAAAGAAAGGAAAGAUUUGUGUUAAUUUUACUUGGUAAUGAGUAUAAAUUGUUUCAUAAACCAGGAAAAGAUACCCAGUGGCGUGAUAUAACUUCAGAACGAAUUAAAAUCAAUGGUAUAUGCCUAUCCUAUAAUAAUGAUUUGAAGGAAAAAAUAGACUAUGAUUAUAAAAUUAGGAUGUUUGAGUAUAUGUUUUAUUUCAAGGAGGGGUGUAAUGAAGUUUGGUACAUGGGAACAUUAAUUUGGCGUUUUAGUGAGAAUUUCAUAGGUAAAACACCAAAAGGCUUUUACGUUAACUUGAUAAAUAACAGUUUUCGACUAAAUUACGGCGAUAAACGACAUUAUCGUGAUACAGCUCCUAGAAUUAAGCUUUUUAAAAUGGCUAAUGAUGAGUUUGUUGAAAUGACACACUCGGAUUAUAUUACUGUAAAGGAUUACAAGUGGUUUGCCUUUAAAUUUAUUUUUAACGAGGGACUAGAAAACUUGAGAAUAACGCUUGAUGGUAAUAUACUCUGGGAAGGUGAAUCUAAAGCCUUUUACUCACUGCUCAUUGAUGAAAGUGAUGAUAGAAUACAAAUCGAAUCUUAUGAUACAAUCAUAACUCUACAUCAUAGUUUCUCAUUUGGCAAUAGAAAUUUGAAUGACAACUCACGUGACACAAAUUUACCAGCUGAUAAAAGAGAAUUCCGAAAUGGUAAUUGGAAAAUAAGUGAGAAUAAGAUAUACAAAUGGAUGAAGAUUUAUCAUUAUCCAUUGAAUAAUAGGAUUGGUUUAGUUGGCAGGGCUUUAUACAAUGUUGAAUUAAUUUAUCCAGGCUGUUUUGAAUAUAAUUUUAAAAAGUCACUGAAAAUAGCCGCGGUAGUAAUUGACUGGAAAACAGCGUAUGUUCAUGAGUUUGGGAGAGAUUUUCUUAAAACCUUAAUUUAUGAUGAGAAUGAGGAGGAAUUAGAAUAUUUCUCACAAGGGAAACUUAUACAACGGAAAUGGGUUGGAAUGGAAUGGCAAUUAAAAAUCGAUAAGCACCCACAUCUAAACAUAUUAGAACCAGGAAAUUGGAAAGAACUUUGUAAUUUUGAUUUUAUCGAUUGUAAAAACACACAAUUAAACCAAAUGAUAAUAUAA